AUGGUAGUGAGAACUUACGAGGAGGAGUGUAAGUAUGUGAAGCAGGUGGACGGGACAUGCUACAGGAUCGACAAAGGAUUCGUAGACAACAUGAGAGUCCCUGGUGUCUUCUACGUCAACCAGCAGAUCAAGGAGCUCCUCUUCGACGAGCUGAAGCAGUUUUCAAAGACAUCCGGCGCUGCAGCGGGGAUGGGCGGCUUCCUUCCGGCCAUGAAGCAGCUAGCCAAUGUUGCAGCACUUCCUGGCAUUGUCGGCAAAUCCAUCGCUCUACCAGAUGUGCAUGCAGGUUACGGGUUUGCGAUUGGUAAUGUUGCAGCGUUCGACAUGAGCGAUCCCGAGGCAGUGGUAUCACCUGGAGGUGUUGGGUUCGAUAUCAACUGCGGAGUCAGGCUGAUCAGAACCAACUUGUUCGAGAAGGACGUCGAGCCUGUCAAGGAGAAACUUGCGCAGGCAGUAUUCGAUCACAUCCCUGUCGGGGUUGGUUCACAGGGGAUUAUUCCUACAAACAGCAACGAUUUGGAGGAGGCUCUGGAGAUGGGGAUAGACUGGAGCUUGAGGGAAGGAUACUCCUGGCCGGAGGAUAAAGAACAUUGCGAAGAAUAUGGCAGAAUGCUUCAGGCAGAUCCGAGAAAAGUCUCCUCUAGGGCAAAGAAGCGAGGACUGCCGCAGCUUGGUACGUUGGGAGCAGGGAACCACUAUGCGGAAAUCCAAGUCGUGGAUGAGAUUUUUGAUGCAAGAGCGGCAUCGCAGAUGGGAAUCGAAGAGAAGGGGCAGGUAGUAGUGAUGAUUCACUCAGGAAGUAGAGGUCUUGGCCAUCAGGUUGCGACAGACGCUCUGACUGCUAUGGACAAAGCGAUGGAUCGCGACAAUAUCAGGACCAAUGAUCGUCAGUUGUCAUGCGCAAGGAUCGACUCGCAAGAAGGGCAAGACUACCUGGCGGCCAUGGCAGCAGCAGCGAAUUACGCCUGGGUCAAUCGCUCUUCCAUGACGUUUCUAGUUCGUCAGGCGUUCGCAAAAGUCUUUCAGAGUACCCCCGACGAUCUAGACAUGCACCUCAUCUACGACGUUUCUCACAACAUUGCAAAAGUAGAAGAGCACAUGGUGGACGGCAAUAUCAAGAAACUUCUUGUUCAUCGUAAGGGCUCGACGCGUGCAUUUCCUCCUCAUCAUCCCUUGAUCCCGGUCGAUUAUCAGUUCACAGGACAGCCUGUGCUCAUCGGUCCCGCAGGAAUGGAAGAAACUUUCGGAAGCACCUGCCACGGAGCUGGGAGAGCGCUCUCAAGGAACAAGAGCAGAAACAAUUUAGAUUACAAGGACGUGCUGCAAGUUCUACAAGACAAAGGGAUUGCGAUCCGCGUCGCUUCUCCCAAGUUGGUCAUGGAAGAAGCCCCUGAGUCGUACAAGGACGUUACACAGGUGGUGGAUACGUGCCAGGCUGCAGGCAUAUCCAACAAAGUUGUGAAGCUGAGACCAAUCGCCGUCAUUAAAGGAUAG